GAGCGGUGAUGGACGGUGAUGAGCUGUGAUGGACGGUGAUGAGCUGUGAUGGACGGUGAUGAGCGGUGAUGGACGGUGAUGAGCUGUGAUGAGCUGUGAUGGACGGUGAUGAGCUGUGAUGGAUGGUGAUGGGCGGUGUUGGACGGUGAUGGAUGGUGAUGGGCGGUGUUGGACGGUGAUGGAUGGUGAUGGACAGUGAAGGACGGUGAUGAGCGGUGAUGGACGGUGAUGAGCUGUGAUGGAUGGUGAUGGGCGGUGUUGGACGGUGAUGGACGCUGAUGAGCGGUGAUGAGUGGUGAUGGACGUUGAUGGAUGGUAGCUGCAGGUUUUCAUCAGGACAUCAACUGUAAACUCUGCUCCUGCUGACCUCCACCUGCUGCUGCUGGGUAACCAGGUGGAUGUUUUCAGAUUAAAUAUCAGUAAACAUGGAGGAGAAGAUGCAGGACAUGGAGAAGAUGGAGGACGUGGAGAAGAUGGAGGACAUCGAGAAGAUGGAGGACAUGGAGAAGAAUGGAGUACACUAAGAAGAUGGUGGACCUAGAGAAGAUGGAGGACAUCGAGAAGAUGGACGGCAGGGAGAAGAUGGAGGACAGGGAGAAGAUGGAGGACAUGGAUAAAAUGGAGGACAUGGAGAAGAUGGAGGACAGGGAGAAGAUGGAGAAGAUGGAGGACAUGGAUAAAAUGGAAGUAAUGGAUAAAAUGGAGGACAUGGAGAAGAUGGAGGACAGGGAGAAGAUGGGGACAGGGAGAAGAUGGAUAAAAUGGAGGACAUGGAGAAGAUGGAGGACAGGGAGAAGAUGGGGACAGGGAGAAGAUGGAGAUGUGAAGAAGAUGGAGGACAUGGAGAAGAUGGGGGACAUUGAGAAGAUGGAGGACAGGGAGAAGACGGGGGACAGGGAGAAGACGGGGGACAUGGAGAAGAUGGAGAUGUGGAGAAGAUGGAAGACAUGGAGAAGAUGGAGUUUAGGGAGAAGACGAGGGACGUGGAGAAGACGGAGGGAAGAGAGAAGAUGGAGGAGGUGGAGAAGAUGGGGGACAUGGAGAAGAUGGGGGACAUGGACACCAGCUGAACUAACAUUCUGUUAACCAUCGUACAGACAGUGAUAAUAACCUGAACGACCUACAUCAGUUUUUAACAGGAUAGCUCCGUCCAACCAGGGGACAGAGCAGAGGAUUCUGGAAGAGAAGGAGAGGACAUGGGGAGAACAUGCUAACUCAGAGAGGCUCCCCCACCUUGGGGUUGAACAGUGACAGUGCUAACCACUGCUCCACCGUGCCGCCCGCUGUGACUUCCUGUGACUGAUUAAUGUCAGAUUAUAAAUAAAGGUUUGAACGUGUUGCCGUCACUGAGCGGCGGCUGGAGGUCAGUGCCAUCUGUCGGACUCAAGAAACUCCACCCACUGACACACUGACGUUGAUGAUUGACUUCCUGUUUGUCCGUCACAAUGAUGUAUUAAUGUAUGUGUGUGUGUGUUUGUGUGUGUUUCAGACCUGCUGUUUGGAGUCCCAGGGAAAUACACUGGAGUCAGUCACUACAACAGGAAGAGGGUGGUGACCUACACCAUCACGGUGGUGCUGUCCAGAUAUGACGCCAGGGCUGAUGUCACUGUGACAUCAUAUAAAGGAAGCUGUCACCAUGUUUAUUCACUGUGUGACACGUUAUAAAUCAGCUGUCAUG